UUUGUAUCUUCAACUAGAUCCAUUGUAAAGUGAUAAACAUUCUAAUAUGCUUGGAAAAUUUCUGAUUUUCGUAGCCCUGGUGGCAGUUGCAGCCGCUGCGUCGCGGCCACUGAGCUACCAAAUCAAUCAACGUCAUCCGAAUUCGGCUCAGAGCUGGACCAACUAUCAGGAUCAGCGCCGACAGGACGAUUGGGAUCAGGACCGGGAUCGUUCGGAUCCCAACUACGCCUACACCUGGGCCGUUCGGGAUGAAUGGACCGGAGACUGGAAGAGCCAGCACGAAAGCCGUCAGGGAGAUCGAGUCCGAGGCCAAUACCGGAUGAUGGAAUCCGAUGGUUCCGAGCGAAUUGUGGACUACACCGCUGAUGACUACAACGGGUUCAAUGCUGUUGUGAGACACGAACCUGAAUGGCGUCAACAUCCUGCCCCUCAAGCCGUUUUGGCCAUUCAUCCAGUGGAUCAGAUCCGGAUGCAGCAACAGCAUCAGCAGCAACAUCAGCAACAACAACAGCAGCAGCUGCGAGAUUUGGUGGCCACUUCUAACGCACACAUCAUUCAGCAUCAUGCCCCACAGCCCUGGAUGAUGGCCAACCGAAUCCGUCAUAACUGAACCCAUUCAUUUGGACUAGGAUAUGUUGAAGGAUGAAGAUUCUGCAAACUGGACUGUAAAUAAUAGCUUAAUAAAUCAA